AUCGCCCUAUCGCCCAGUCAGUGAGUAUCCAUCUCUCAUGCAAAGGAUGCAAAGUAUUUCUCUCUUCUUGAUGUUUGCUGACAAGUCGCGUAACGCGUUCGCGUAAACCUUAAAUCUAGUAGUGGCAGUGGAGAAAUUUUCCAAGUGACGGUCUCCAAUGACCCAACAAAAUGUUCAAUGUACCGCCAAAGUUUUAUGAGCUGUGUCGCCUUUGUUUAGCCUCCGAUGGUGUUAGUUUCCCAAUAUUCGAGGAUGAAGGUUCCGAAGGAAACUACGCGGAGAAGAUCCUGACGUUGCUCUCAAUCACGGUAAAAGAUGGCGACUCAUUACCACCCAUCCUUUGCCACCAUUGCAAAUACAAGUUGGAUGUGUUACACACCUUUCGGGAAGUCUCACACAAAUCCGACGGUAUACUCAAACAGUACCUGCAUUAUGCCAAGCAAUUGUCGCUUGAAGAACAGGCCAAGUCUUUCUCCACUGCCCAAGUAGCAGACUUAAGCCCGCUCCAAUCGUUUCUGCAGCUAAACAAAACGCUGUUCAACGAGGAGCCAAACAAUUCUCCGGCCAGCAUUAAUCAAAACGUUAUACCUCAGACGCAAACGCAUCACCUUGAAUUACGGGCCCAUGAUACAAACGACCUGGAGAAUGUCAAAUGCGAGGAGCCAGACGAUGAUACAUAUUCAAACAGCUCGGAUCCCGAUCGUUUGGAAAUCGAGGAUCGAGAAGAGCAGGAUCAGGAGCAAGACUCUGAUGGAGAGGAAAAUGGUUACGAUAUGACUGUUACAAAAAGGUCCAAACUGGACGACAGUUAUGACAACUCCAAGCCCAGUUCACCCAGGACAAGUCCCAUCAAUCGAAUGGAUACACCCGAGAGCAAUUGUUCUGAUUCGCAUAUCGACCAAGAAACCACAAAGCUUUGGCAGCAAUUAACGAGCAGCAAUAGAAGUUUGGAAAUUACCAGGACAAACGGUGACAAAUUGAACAACGGCUUCACGGGGGAGGCGACAAAUCUUCUGAGAUCGUUAAUUAAUAACAGGCAAAUCGGUAUCACCGCCGUUGAUUCCGAUGGAGUUUCUCCGCAAAUCAGAUUUUACAGAGAUACUCAAGGAACGGCGAUUGAACGCACGAUUCCAGAUUGCUCAGUUCUAGGCAAUCGCACCCUAGAAAACAAGAGUGCCUCCAUGGAUAGUAAUCCAUCCAGUCCGGCUAGUAUUGGCCGAAAGGAAACAAAGGGUAGACGAAAACAAAGUUAUCCCAGCAAAGCUCCCACCAGUCCUGGACUUAUUAAUUAUCGCCUCGAGUCUAAUGAAGAGCAAGCUCAAGAUUUUACAUCUUGGUCGCAAAAGGCCAAGGAAAAGAUGGAGGAUCAGAAGCAGCAAAUUGAUCAGCAGAGUGGUAACAUUACAAAGAAAGUAGACAUGUCUUGCACAAAUUGUGGCACAAUGACAACAACUAUUUGGAGGCGAAAUACAAAGGGGGAGAUGGUUUGUAACGCGUGUGGCCUUUACUACAAAUUACAUGGUAUUAACCGUCCUGUAACGAUGCGAAGGGACACAAUUCAUACUCGCAGACGUCGACCUAAGGGUGAGAAACCCACAAGGCAUCGAAAAAAAGGAGAUGCCCUUCCACCACAGACUGAUCAUAUGGACGCUGAAAGUGCUGACAUGUUGGCGGCCCUUCGACGUCAAAUUCAACCUCACCUUAUGAUGGCGGCGUUAACGCCUUCAAGGAUACCCGGUGCCCAUGGUCCUCCGUCGGCUGCGCAACUCAACUAUGGCCUUCCAAUAUCCAACUUUCUUCCAAUGCCCAAUAUGAAAUCAGAGGGACGAGACCAUCAUCACCAUCAUCAUCAGGCUUCAUCAGAUGACGGUGACGACACAAUGGAUGGUGUCGGCGACAAUUUCUCGGAUGUUCCACUAAAUUUAGUCGCAACUUCUUUAUCGGAAGGAGCUCAUUGAGGAAGAGGAGUAUAAUAAAUCUCUCAACUGCCGAAAUUCGUCGAUAAGUCAAUCAAACCUGGACAGACACAUUUUGUUUGUCCAGCCGCGUACGAGGAAUAAAAACGUGAGUUUAUUUUUCUUGAUGCGAAUCUCGUUGUUGAACAAUCUUCCAUUUGGUUGAAGAAAAGAGUGCGAGAUGGCGAAAAAAAAAAACAAACAAAACUAAAACCAGGAAAAAAAAAGAAACCAGAUCUGAAUAUGCAACCUGGCCCGUGGUGCAUAGCCUUUGAAAGAACAAACAAACAAACAAAAAAUGAUAUUAAAACGCAGUAUUAAGACGUUAUUCAAAAUGUACAUAUAUAUACAUACACUCAUAUAUGCGGAAAGCAAAGAGUAUUUUUAUACGAAAUUUUCUAUUGCCUGGACCUGAAAUGUCGGGCAGUAUUGUACAUAUACAUGCGUCACAACCCAAUGCGCUUACGACAGAAAAUUGCGCUGUUUGGACAACAACAAAAAAGUUGUACAUUUUUCGUUUUUUUCAUGUAUCGCUUUUGUUCCACGGGCCAAACAGAGUUGUCCAUGACAUAAAUUUGUAAUACUCUCUCCGUUUCUAAUUCUUAAGCACAAUACGUGAAUUACCCCAGUUGGUCUAUUACCUAGUGAUGAAAAAUUUUGUAAUUCUCCAAUUGGCUUGAAAAGAGUAGGUUUUCCGACCGAAAAAUAAUACCCCGCGACGAUUUUUUUUUCUCAAUAUUUUCUUCAUCAAGUAUCAAGUUUUUUUUUUUUGUAUUUAUAUACGAUACUUGAAAGAGAGAUGGAGACUAGGGUUGUGUCUUUAUUGUAAAAUUACGGAGAAUUUACUUACAGAAUUGUAUUAUAGUUGAUGUAGAUAAUCUUUUGAUACGCUGUGAAUUCGUCGUGUGGCGUUUCAGGCUAUAGAUAUACUCUAUAAAAGUUCUCUCAACUCGUACGUACUUAAACAAAAGAAACGAAAUAUUAAACAAACAAACAAACAAACAAAAAAAAA